UAAUAAUUGUUCUUCUACUAAUCCUCUUCAAAUCCUCUACCCCACGCAUCCUCUUGCCAGCCACACACCCUGAACCACGUGCAUGAACAGCCCCUCCACCACCUCCAAUACCUCCACACCACUAAUCUCCAUCUUCAACACAGACACGUAUUUUUAUCCGAUACCCGUCCACGAUCGCUCCACCUCGUCAGCACUUUAUUCAUACUGCCGGACACAUCAUUCGCAUCCGCCUUCUCCUUGCGAUCCGAACCCUAACUUGGAUUCGCUGACGCCGACGCUGACGUACGAGGCAUACAAAAUAGAAAAGUCAAGACGUAUUCUGCUCGAACAGGGGACCAAUAGCACACACGCGUUGCACCUUCACACACCUCCGAUCUAGCCGCCAUCAAAAGACACCAACCGUGCUCUCAAUCAAUCCAACUCGAGCAGACCAUUUCCCUCACCCCAAUACCUCCAAAACCCGAUUGCAUCCCCUUUGACCAUUCUGGUCUCCCGGGUCUUGUUUGCGUGCGCCCCUGGGGCGGGUUGACAUAGGAAAAGAGGAGGCAGCCCGACAUACUACCAACCUCCUCUCUCAAGUCAACCAUGUCACCCCCGUACGCGUUUCCUCCGACCAAAAACAUCCUCAUCAUCGGUGCCACCGGCACAAUCGGUACAUAUAUCGUCCGCGCCAUCAUCGAUUCGAGAGAACAUUUUGAUCGGAUAUGUGUUUUGACCAGUGAAAAGACUCUGGUGCAAAAGGUUCAGGAUAUUGCUGCGUUGGAAGCUUGGGGGGUUGAAGUCUUUACUGGGAGAUUAGAGAGUGAAAGUGCUAUCAAGAGAGCAUGUGAAGGUAUUGACACCAUUGUCUCAUGUGUCGGACGCGCGGGUAUUGAGAAACAAAUCAAAAUCAUCACAUGGGCUGAAGAAGCUGGCGUGCGACGGUUCUUCCCUUCUGAGUAUGGCACCGAUAUCGAAUACUGGCCGGAAUCGUCCGCCGAACCGCCGCAUCAAUUAAAACUCAAGGUCCGCGCUCACAUGAAGACCAUGAACCGAUUAGAAUACACCUACCUGGUCACGGGUCCUUACAGCGAUCUGUAUUUUGGCAUGAUGAAACCCAAACCGGAGAUUGGUCAAUUUGAUGUCAAGAACCGAAAGGCCAUCUUGUUGGGUGACGGUGAAGGACCGGUGAGCUUUACCGCCAUGGCAGACGUUGGCAAAUUCCUUGUAGCUGCCCUUCUCAACCCUCGGGCCGCGCGCAACACGACUUUGGUGGUCCAUUCCUUCACAGCCACACCCAACGAAAUCCUGGCCGAAUACGAACGACAAACAGAUAGCAAAUGGGAGGUUUCAUACACGUCAAUCGAACGGUUACGCGAGAUUGAAAAGGAAGAAUACCAAAUCUACUCGCCCAUGGCCACCGUGGUCACGCUACGGCGUAUCUGGACCGAUGGCGGUACACUGUACAAGUUUUAUGACGACAGUAUUCUCGGUGAGGUGGAUUCGGAAACUUUGGAAAGUCAGGUGGCCGCCAAUAUUGUCAAACAAGAGCAAGGAGAGGGGAAUUUCCCGAGUUUGUUGAGGAAGUUGAGUUUAACGUGAGUGAGUGAGUGAGGGAGUGAGUGAUUGUCUGGGUGAGAUCGUCAUGGUGGUCGGGCGAUUCCUAUCGACCUGUGGUGUUUCUUGAUGGUGACAUGUGUCCACCGUAUGUUUUGUAUUCCUACCGAUUGUGACACCAUAUGAGGGACUCAAAGGACUGAUGAGUAGUUCAUCCGAGGUAUGUCCAUGAUUAAUUGAUUGGGUAGGUAGAGAAAUACAGUUGUAAUUGGAUGUGUUUGUG